CCCAGGCCGAUCCCCCUGGAUUCAGCUCCGUCCCCGCAGAUCCAGCGCCCCCCCAGCUCGGGGGGUCCCGGCUUUGGGGGGGAGCCCGGCCCUGUCUCCCCCCCCUUCCUGCCCCAGUGGCCCCCUCGGGAGGAGGAAGAGGAGGAGGAGGAGGAGGAGGAGGAGGAGGAAUGGCGGCGCCGUGGCGGGUACUGGAGCCCGCCCAAAAAUCCAUAAAAAUUUACUGAUCCCACCUUUUCUUACCCCAAACGAGCUUUACCUGGGCGAGAAGUAAGGCCAAAGGCUCCCACAGCAUGGCUCAGGCGAGUCUCCUGGCCUGCGAGGGGCUCUCGGGCGUCUGCCUCGUCCCCACCGUCGCCAGCAAGAAGAUGAUGCCCAAAUCCGGCGGGAAACAGGACGGGAACCGGGAACGGGGCUCCAGCCCCGACCUCCUGUCCCUCCGCCAGGACCCCGACAAGCCCCGCGCCCGCAAGGACGAUGAUGCUCCUGAGGCCUCCAACCCCAAGAAAUCCAUGAAAAAGCGCCGCAAGCGGGUUCCCGGCGCCGAGGGACCCCCGAGCUCCUCCCGCCGAGGAUCCCAGAUGGUGGUGAUUGAGCAAAACGGCUCCUUCCAGCUCAAGAACUUCAUCUGCGACCACUGUUUCGGCGCCUUCCGGAGCAGCUACCACCUCAAACGGCACAUCCUCAUCCACACCGGGGAGAAGCCGUUCGAGUGCGACAUGUGCGACAUGCGCUUCAUCCAGAAGUACCACCUGGAGCGGCACAAGCGCGUGCACAGCGGGGAGAAGCCCUACCAGUGCGAGCGCUGCAUGCAGAGCUUCUCCCGCACGGACCGGCUGCUCCGACACAAGCGCAUGUGCCAAGGCUGCCAGACCAAGACCCCGCCCGACUCCCAGCUCCUGCUGUGAAAAUCUGGGAAUACCGGGAAGUUCAGGGGGUGCGGGAGGGGGGUGUUUCUUCCUGCACCCCCCCACAUCACCAUGCUCUGCCUCACCUGGAUUUCUCACCCCUCUAAGGAUGGGGAAGAACCCGAGCGCUGCCAGCAUGAAAAAACUCGGAUCGUUCCUGCCCUCUGGCCUAAAAACUUGGAUUAUGAUCCCAAAAAUCCUCCUGGAAUCUUCAAGUGGCCCCCCCCACCAUCGUUAUACCCCUGAAUCCACCCCUCCCCCUCUUAGGAAAGACUGGGAACCCCCAAACUGCCUGAAAUCCCGGCGGAUCCGGGAUACCUGUGCACAGGUAGGAGGGUCCCGCUGGGAACAGCAGCAUCAAUCCCUCUCUUCUUUGGGAAAAGGAAGAAAACUGAAGAUGCUGGGGGAUGCCUCAGCCUGGGGGGGAGGGGGGUGUACCCCCUGUUUUUUGGUUAUUUUUGGAAAAUAGGGAAAAAAAGGAAUUUGGGGGCUCCCCUUGAGCGGCGCAUCCUGUGGGACACUCAGCAGCACUUCCCAUUUCCUCUGGAACUCCUUCAGAUUUUGGGGGAUUUCUCCUACUUCCGCAUAGUUUUGGGGUGCUGCCUAUGUCCCCCCAUGCUGGGAGGUCUGCCCCCUAGUGGGGGUGAGAAAAGGGGGGCGAGGGGCCCCCCGGAUCAGGGGUGAGGUGGAGGGGGCAGGAGCAGCUCCCAAAGACCACGAAGCGGGCCCCUGCUCUUCCCCCCAUUUUGGGGGGUCCCUGUCCCCCCAUCACAGACUGUUCCAAGGGGCAAGAGAGAUGAGUUUGCCCCCCCCCAAUUUUGUGCCCUGAACCCCCUUUCUGGGCAUGCAGGAGUUUCGGGAGGGGCCCAUAUUUUGGGGACCUCCCCCAAUGACACUUCAAGAAGGACUUUGGCUCUGCUGAGCCCAUUCCCCCAAAUUUGUGGGGCCCUGGGGGGGGGCAGUUUGGGGGCUCUGGCAGGGGUUGGGGUGCUGGGGGAGGUUGGGGGAUUCUGUUGGAGGGAGGGGGAACCCCAGGGCCCCCCACCUGCAAGGGCUCCCAGCCCCCUCACACUCCCCCAGCUUCAUUUUUGGGGUGUUUUGUUGGGAUUUAGGGUUUAUUACAG